CUUCGUGUUGUUUUCUGCUUCGGUAGCUUUCGGGCAGGUGGAAUCUGCGUCCAGAUACUUUGGUUAAAGCUCGCCUGACGCCUGGCAUGAGCAAUUAUGUGAGGUCAUUUUAGGAAGACGGGAAAAGGAUAUUCUAUUCUACAAUAAUGCUAUUUUCUGCGCUGGUGUAUAAAUAUGGUUAGCCUGGAAAUAUUUGACAUGGUGAGAUGCGACAAUUAGUCCCCGGCUAGCUGUCGGAACGCGAUGUAACUUGUAGCUAGUCGACGCAUCUCUCUGGAAAGCUGUGGACUGCUCCCAGCUCAUUUAAACAUUUGAAUGGAAAUGCAAUAAAUGGAGGACGUGGAGAAUUCGGGGGAAAGUGGGAGAGCAAGUUCGUUUUCACGCAGUCUGGAAAAUACUCAUUAUCCAAAUUAAUUUGCCGCAAGUGUGUAGGCUUUUUUCUUUCUUUUUUUUACUGCUGGCAGCCAGUGUCAUAGCUAACCAUUGGGAUGCUUUUCUUUUUUGAUGGAACAAUACGACGAAGCACAUUCUCGUUAAUUCAAUGUGUACACUAUAAAUGAUGAAUAGAUUGACAUUCACGCAAUAAACAGGUCCUGCUGUCUUAACUGUCAACGACAUCUGGUAUAAAUAGGCUAUUAGCAAUAAUUAAAGGAGUGCAACUGGAAAUUAUGGAUGAAGGUAAUGUUCACGAGACCAUACCAGAUUUAAAAGACCUAGAGAUCAAAAUUGGGAGGAAAACGCCAGAGGGACUGCUUAAGUGGAUGCGGGAAGAUGCCUCACAUCGUGGAGACAGCAUUCUAAAAACACAGGAGUGUAAAGAUCUGGACCUCGGGAGGAAGGGCCUCUCUGAAAAAAUAAGAGACUUAAAACUGGAAAUGGCACACCUGCGCUCCGUGGACGUGCGGAUCCUGCAGCAGCUGCUGGCGGUGCACGAGGGCAUCGAGGCCGUCAAGUGGCUCCUGGAGGAGCGCAGCACCCUGACCAGCCACUGCAGCAGCCUGACCAGCAGCCAGUACAGCCUGGGCGAGGGGCCCGACACCUCCCUGCGGGGCAGCUGGAGCAGCCUGCACGACCCCAACGACAAGCUGGACAACAUCUCGGUGGGCAGCUACCUGGACACGCUGGCCGACGACCUGGACGAGUACUGCCCCUCCAGCUCCGAGUCGGUCCUCUGCUCCACCCUCCUGGGGACGGAGGCCCCCCCGCCGGGCUCCCCCCCGGUCAGGGCCGAGAAGCCGAAAGAGGAGCCGCCGGUGUGGGCCAAGCCGGUCUCGGAGGGCCCCAAAGCUCCGGAGGCUGGGAGAGCCACGGCCUCCGGUGGCGGCCAGGCGCAGCCGGGCAGGAGCAACGGUCUCCCCGAUGCGGGGUGCAGGCAGGCGGGCGGCCCGGAGUCGGCCCGGGCCUGCCUCGCCGAGAAGCUGGCCAAGAGCCAGAGCCCCAAACUCAAACCCUACAAGAACGGCAAGGUGGACCUGGAGGGGUGCAAGCUGAACAGCAAGAUGCACCUGGAGUACGACGCCCACUGGCGCUGGGUGCAGUCGCAGGACGACGUGACGUUUUUGUGAGACGCGAAGUGCCAGCGGUUGAAAUCCCCUCCUGCUCCGGGCUUUGUCAUCCCUGCGGUGUUUCUGUUAGGAGGCCUUUAGAGUGUGGCCCUGCAGUGAAAGCUCUGCUGAGGUACAGGGGGAGCUGCUGGCUGGCUGAAGUUGCCAGUGUAACCCACGGUUUAAUCGAGUGUUGCAUUGUGCGGUGCUCCUCAGGUGUGUUUCGUUUCCAGCCUCACAGGAUGAUCAGUGGUGAGUCCAGUCCUUAGCUCCAUAGUUACUGUUGCCAGACCUGGGUCAAAUACGUAUUUGUUUUGGAUUCAAAUACUUUUUCUGUGCUCUGUUGAUCUUGCCUGGUGUAACUGAGCCUGCCAAUAUGACCAGAAGGUGGGGUUUGCACUUUUUGCAAUAUUGCAGUAUUUAAUUGGUUCCAGUACACCAGACAAGAUCAAUAAAGUGGUGAAAAGUAUUUGAAUAAAAAAACAAAUACGUAUUUGACCCAGGUCUGACUGUUGCAUAGUCUGUUUCAGUAAAACCCCCUCCACGCUCAGCAGUUGAAGGUGGUGAGUUCAGAACAGGCACUUCACAGCCAGCGUCCUCCAUCAGUGUGAAGGUUGGCAGCACUGCUUUUGUUUAAAGAAAAAAAAAAGGACUUCGUUUGUUGGCACAAAUUUUACUUUGGUCGCAGUUAUAUUAAAUGGUUUGCCGAACUGCUGUGCGUUAAUCUCCGAACAGACAGAGUCAGUCCAUGUUUCGGGAACAGCGCUAAUGCAAUACCAUAAUCCAUUUCUAAUUGGUUUGUACGCGUACUUAUUGUGAGUUGGCCAAAAUAUCAAUUUAAUAUCUACUUUGGGUCUAUUGCAGUAGCUGUGGUCGAUAAUGCCUUGUUGCUGCCAUUACAAGUGUACUUAAGCACACCUGUGUAAUCAUAGAUGUAUGUAUAAUGGCAUUCAGAUAUAACAUCAAUUGCAUUACACUUUUGCUGUAAAUCAGGUGUGUCAUUGGUUGUUAUUAUAGGUAAAAUUUGAACAGGACUGUCUAUUGUUGCUUUUGGUAUCUGUGUUUCUUUCAGCAUAGUAGUGAUCAAUAUAACCAAAUUAAAUAUUCUAUAACUUAAUUCAAGCUAACUGCACUGUUGUACAUGCUAUUAGAUUGCCCGUUUAUGAUUCAGCCGACAUUAUUUAACUUGUAGUUUGUGUUCUUGCAUCCAGUCUGCAGCAAUAAGCCUUGUCGGGGGUUACCUGUAUGGCUGGGUGAAUGUGUAACACAUUGAAGGCUGUAUCAGUUUUAGUCAUUAGCUAAAUUAGCUUCUGUCAGUCAUCUUCACUCAUUGGGGAGUCACAGAAAGUGACUGUAACAGAAGAAUGUCCGGUGCUUCACGAGCCACUGGAAACCCUGCUGGAGCAGCUGACAUUCCGCCACGGUUAAAAGCCAGAGAUCAUGACCACGCGUGCUUAGAGUUUCCAUGACUGCUAGAUUCGUGCUGCGAUGUCGGAGUUAACUAGGUGGGAAAUGGCGUGAAAGAGCAGCAGUGAGUGGAGCAGGAGACAGGGCUCCCUGGGAGUUGAGCCAUUGUAAAAAGGGCCUUUCCCUCCUGCCACUGGGCACAGCUCUCCUCCACCUAAAUCACUCCCAUAGCUACUGUAGCUAGUCGUUCUCUCAGGCAAGAUGAGAUGCAUGUGUAAUCAGUUUCUGAUGUCUAACUGAGGCUGUUGAUGCAGACUCUUCACAGAAGUGCAAAGUGGACUGAGUUUUGGUUUAUGGGAGUGGACCUUUGCUUAAAGUAUGGCCCAGCCUCUCAUGUUCUUCACAGUUUAAAAUGUUGACAAUCGUUCUUCUUUCUCUAAUCCUCCCUCUCGCAUGGCAGCUGUCCUUCACCUCUCAGCGGUCUGAGCGGUGCUGAGUUUUUAACGUUCCGAAUUGAAGGCCCUCGCCCUCAGAACACCGCCACCCCCUCUCCUCCAUCUUCCUGCUGCACUUAGGCUUUCAAAGGAAUGGCCUGCUUCCAGUAGCUCUGUGACUAGCUGGAAGGGCUGCGCCAGCAGGCAUCAGGACCCAGUCAUGCACGAGUGUACAAUAAGGACUGUCAUGCGAAAACGCUGACCUUGGACCAGUUCUAAGGACGGGAGGGGUCUGAGCCAAAUUCUGUUUCCAAAAUGUGUAGAGCCUUAGAGACACAGUUCUAUUAACCCUUUGUUUUUAACCACUGUUUUUAUUGCUUGUUUUUUUUAAGAGGGGUUUUUAGUAAUUCUAAUGGCAAAAUGGUAAUGUUCAGCUUCGGUUGGGUAUGUGUUCCCUAUUGUAUACCCCCGGUGUUAAAUAUUCCAGAUUGUUUACUUAUGCAGAUGUCCUGGCAGUGAUGAAAGAUCCAAAGAGUUUUCUGUGGUUGUUUGUGAUAUUAAUCAGCUCCCCAUCUGGAAGAAUCAUCAUUUUUAUACAGACUUCGAUCUAAAGAGCCAUUUGUCAGAUAUUAAUUUAAAUUAUAUGUUUGUAAUGCAAUUCAAAAUGUAUUUCUGAAUAUAUUUGAUAUAUAUGCACACAUGUAUAUUAGAAUAUACACUACAUGGCCAGAAGUAUGUGGACACCUGAACAUCGCAUCCAUAUGUGCUAGUUGAACAUCUCAUUCCAAAACCAUGGGCAUUAAUAGGGUGUUCCCCCCUUUGCUUCUGUAACACCUCCACACUUCUCGGAAGGCUUUCCAUUAGAUUUUGGAAAAUGGCUGCAGGGAUUUGCUUCCAUUCAGCCUCAAGAGCAUUUGUGUCGGGCGCUGAUGUUGGGCCAUAAGCCCUGGCUCGCAGUCGGUGUUCCAUUUCGAUGGGGUUGAGGUCAGAGCUCUGUGCAGGCCAGUCAGUUUCUUCCACACCAAAGUCGCUGAACCAUUUCUUUAUGGACCUGCUCUAGCAUUAAGAUUUCCCUUCACUGGAACAAAGGGGCCUAACCCAAAUCAUAAAAAAGCAGUCCCAGACCAUUAUUCCUCCUCCACCAAACUUUACAGUUGGCACUAUGCAUUUGCGCGGGAAGCAUUCUCCUGGCAUUUGCCAAACCCAGAUUUGUCUAAUUAGAAGCGGUGUCCACCUACUUUUGGCCAUGUAGUGUAUUGUGAGUAAAUCCAUUGUUACUGUUUAUCAAUUAGGCUGUUUUGUUCCAUGUCUUGGAAUGUGUAUUCAGUUACUAUAAAUAAUCAGUUUUUGGUCAGUUUCUUCUCCUGUGGGAAUUUUUAAUCUCAUUUCCAGAACUUACCUUGUGAUAUUUUGCUUUGCACCAGUUUGCCAGCCAAUGCAGAAUAACGUCCGCUCGUUUAUUCUGCACCAUAGUAUGAGUGUCUAGGCUCAGUCGUUAUACCUGUCGUGCUGCAGUGAUGGUAAAGUUGCUAUAUGAAGAACAAUGUACUAAUGUUGUACUGUAUAUCAGUAUCCCUGACUCCACGCCAUGGUUUACAUCCCACUCAACUGUCAUCGAGUAUCUGGGAACUUUCUCAGAUCUGGAAGCCAGCGGCGCACUGCAAUAAGGAGUUAAGGCACGGAAAGAGGCUUUGAGCAGCUUGCGGUUGCAGCUUGUGGGACAGUGUUUGAUUGGCUGAAAGAGCUCGGCUAAUUAAGUUUCCACAGUGCUGGGUGUGGAAUGGUCCAUGGAGCCUCCACUUCCAACGCUCCCUGUGCCUCUGAAUAAUCCCAGUAUUGACUUGCGUGUGAAGCACCUGAUCUUCGCUGAAAGAAAGGAGCUGUUUAGCUCAGAUUUUCCCUUUCUUGUAUUUUCCUGUGUGUGCGUGUAUGCGUGUGCGUGUGCGUGUGUGCGUGUGCGUGUGCGCUUGCACAUGCAUGUGUGUACGUGUGAGUGUGUGUGUUUUCUUAAUGCCCGGAAAGACGUGGGGGGGAUGGUGCCAGGUAUUUGUCCACCUUACUGCACCGGAGCAGAAGAAAAGCCAUUGAGACAAACUGCGAUGCACUGGAUCCUGCUGCCAAUUUGAUUUAGAUUUUGGUCGUGCUUGAAUCAUAGGGUUUAUUUUUUAGUAGAAUGUCUCUGUUCACGGAGCAGUAUUUUGGUGACCAAGCUUUUGUUCUCUUUUGUAAAAUGUAUGAAAGUAUGAAAUAUGCAUUAUUGUUCUGGAUGUUACACAGUAUGCAACUGUACAAUGCUUAUACACAUUAAAAUAUCCUAUAUGGUAAACCU